AAAACUACUGACGUCCAUGUAUCAAGCUGAGCCGGCAACAGCUAGUUUCCAUGUUCCAGAGUGCAGAAUGAGGUCAAUAGAGUUUGAAUCGUCAGUGGCUUUUGCCGUAGUUUCAGCUAUUUGUAUUAUGUGGAUGCUUCGUCAGUAUCAUCGUUGGUCAUCCACAUCCCAGAAACAGUCAACAAGGGCAACAUUUGGUCAUGACUUGAGGAAGCAACAUUUCUGUAUUGAUGCAAACGUCUAUCAGUGUAAUAAUGGGUCCUUUGGAGCGGUGCCACGCCCAGUUCUUGAGAAACAACAGAGGUUGAUGGAGAAGCGUGAGAGAAAUCCUGAACUGUGGUAUAGAAAUCAAUACGAUCCAUAUUUGUUUUCACAUGAGGAAGCGCAUAACACCAACAUGUAUGCCGAUGGAGUUGAUGCAGUGGCUGCCUUUGUAGGUUCCAAACGACAAGACUUGGUUCUGGUUGAAAAUGUAACAACAGGUACCAAUGCUGUAUUGAAGAGCCUGUCUUUUCAACGAGGGGACAAGAUCUUGAUUACAAGUCACACAUACAGACCUGUAAAGAUAACUGUAGAGUUUGUUUCCAAACGAUUAGCUUUAGAAACCGUGGUUUUAGAGAUUCCAAUUCCUAUUGACAGUGAGGAUGACAUCAUCAACUUGUACUCUGAGGUCUUAAAGGAUGAUAAAGACAUCAAACUUGCAGUCGUCGACCACAUCACAGGUGCCAGUGCAAUCAAAAUGCCAGUUAAGCGUAUUGCAGCAUUGUGUCAUAUGAAUGGAGUUAUGGUGCUUGUAGAUGGUGCACAUGCACCAGGACAAAUCCCUCUUAAUAUGGAAGAUCUGGGCGUGGACUUCUAUUGUGGUAAUCUACACAAGUGGUUGUUUACUCCUCGUGGGUGUGCCUUCUUGUGGGUUCAGCCAGACUACAAGGAUGUUAUUAGCCCAGUCACAACAUCAUAUCGUCAGUAUGAUUCAAACUUGAUGCAAAGGUUCUGCUUUCUAGGCACACGAGAUUGUAUUCCUUACUAUUUGGCAGAAACAGCCAUAAAAUUCUACAAUGACUUGGGUGGAAUGGAGGAAAUAGUCACAUACAACUCGACACUUUCAAGUUGGGCAGCAGACAUGAUUUCAAAAGCUUUGAAUGCUGAAAAGCUUCAAAUACCAGUUGGUAUGAGAGCUCCAUGUAUGUCAUUGGUUGCCAUUCCAGAGACGAGUCUCUAUCCUGCAUGUACUGAGACUUGUCACAGAUUAAUGAGUGAUGUUUACAAGCACAGCCAGGUGUUUGUAGUAUUCUCUUAUUUCAAUCAAAGGCUUUGGUGCAGAAUUUCAAGUCAAGUGUACAACUGUAAAGAAGAUUACACCAGACUGAGGGAUGCUCUACUGGAAGUUUUACAACUUUAAGUUGGUUCUGGUUUAAAGGCAGUGGACACUAUUGAUGACCAUUUAACCACUGGAAUCAGCUACCCCUCUCACCGUACCCGAAGUCUGGAUCGCAAGGACGACCACGGCAGGGACAUAAGAGUGUGGCGCUAUAAUUGGGAUUCACCCGCAAGACGGAGGUCCGACGCCGGUGAAGGUUUUUAACGACGCAACGAUUAUUUUGAACAUUGUUAAUUUAUGAAAGCUUAAGUUGUUCCAGUUAGUGAAACUUAAGGCUUGGGGCCAGAUUGGCAGAACCCGAUUCGUAGAUUAUUUAUUUGUUUUACGUUGCCUAUAAGUUGAGAAGUGACGCACACAGAGAGACGAUUAUACAUUGAUUUAUUUAUUGUAACUGUUGUGCGAUAAUUAGACCUUGAUGUGAGAAGGAGCACAAGAACCAUUCUGUAAAGCAUAUUAUUCAUAAGUUUAUUUGAUGUUGUGAGCUAAUACAACCAACAGUUACUGGCGACCCGAAAGUCCGGAAGCCAUAAUUUCAGUUUAUACCUUGAUUAUGUUGGAAAUAUUGUAAGUACCCCCAAGAUUUAUUUAAUAAGAAUAUUUGAAGUUUAAUUAGUGUCGAGUGAACGUUAUUUUGUGUCCGUCUUUCAGUUACACGAUUUCUAUAUUGUCGAGUCUGACAUUUACUCAAUUAUUUUGUUGUUCAUAAACAUAAUUAUACUCUAAUGUUUGAAAACAAUUAUAUUUCUAGGUAACUUUAAGUUAAUGUAAGUUAAAUGUCAAAGAAGUUAGCUGAACUACAGUUCUAAGCAAACAAAUUACAAUUUGAGUAAACUUAAACUUAAACCAAACAGUAACCAAAACCUGGAAGGCAGUACAAACAUUUUUAAAAAAGUGGGUCUUCAAAAGGGCUUUGAAGGAAGCCACAAGCAGUUCCAAGGAAACAAAUUACAAUUUAGUAAAUUUUCAAACAGAAACCAAAAACAUGAAUCUGCUUUGCCGUAAGCAAAUUGUGCGCUUACAUAAAGCGAAUUUCACAGCUUAGCAGAAAUAGUUUUGCUUGUGCGCGGGGAAACUCGUCAUACGUAAUCUUUGCUUCGCAGACAUUUCAGAAAUCUCAGCGCUUGCACAGGAAGCAGAGAAUGGCGAUUGUAUGCAGAGUUUGGUUCAAAGCAGAGCCAUCAAGCUGGGCGUGUUCUAAAGUGGGUUCAUGGGUGGCCUAUGUGAUCUUUGAGGGGAAGUUUUAGCUUGACACUGCAUAAAUCUCCCAUAUUGAGUUGAUAUGUCUCCUUAGAGCGCCCCCUAUCGGCAGGAGUAGGAAAGGCAUGUA